AUGAAGCUUUCACUACUUGUAUUCUCUUUUCUUCUUGCCCUUUCUCUAUCUGCCCGCAAUUUCUCUGCCGCCGGUAGUUUUGAUUUUCUUCUUCCGCCGUCGUACUCGGCGGAGUCCCCCGCCGGAGAUCCUUGGAUGGGACUACGUGUUUUUGAUGUAAAUGAUUAUGGGGCAAUUGCUGAUGGGAAGACAGAGAACAGCUUGGCAUUCAUGUCGGCAUGGGAAGACGCAUGUGGUUACAACGGAAGCUCCAUGGUGUUAAUACCAGAGGGCAAUUUCUUCGUGGACCAAGUUACAUUUUCAGGCCCAUGUUUCAAUGACAUCUCUCCCAAAGUCCUCAUUUUAGGCACUUUGAUUGCUCCCACCAGCCUCGCCGACGACUUUUGGAUCCGCUUCCAGUCCCUCCGCCGCUUCAUCCUCACCGGCGGCGAAAGUUCCGCCAUUCUCGACGGCCAGGGUGCCCCAACCUGGUCGUCCGGUUCCGCUUGCCGUCAUCGCAUGACUUGCGAUGCGUUCGCCACGUCUUUGAAGCUAAGCAAUAUAUCGAAUGGGAUAGUGAACAACAUAAGACUUGUAGAUAGCAAAGGCUUUCAUGUUUCUAUUUACGGGUGUGACAAUAUUCAUCUUUCUGGAUUCAAUAUUACAGCUCCUUGGGAUAGUCAGAACACUGAUGGAAUCCAUAUAAGUCAAUCCACCAAUAUCAGCAUCACUAUCUCCGACAUCGGCGUCGGCGACGAUUGUGUUUCCCUUGGACCUGGCUGCGUCAACGUGUCGAUUUCAGAUAUUAGAUGUGGUCCAGGACAUGGAAUCAGUGUGGGGAGCUUAGGAAAGUACAAGAAUGAGAAUGAUGUGAUGGGAAUAAGGGUGGAGAAUUGCACCAUAAAUGGCACCCAAAAUGGAGUGAGGGUAAAGACAUGGCCAGGAGAUCUUGUAAGCAAUGCUACCAAUUUGACAUUUCAAAACAUUGUGAUGAUCAAUGUCUCAAACCCCAUCAUCAUAGAUCAACAUUAUUGUCCUAACCAUUCUUGUGACCCACAAGAGUCAUCAAGUGUGAAGCUGAGUGAUAUCAACAUAAGAAACAUAAGUGGAACUUACAACACUGAGUUUGCAGUUAACAUACAAUGCAGCACAACCAAGCCUUGUGAAAACUUUCAACUUUCUUACAUCAAUCUCACUGCCAUUCAGCCACCACAAACUCAUAAAAUUGGCCAUUUCAACUGCAAGGGUGCUCUCAAUUCUUUCACCAUUUUUAACUCAACAUUUUAG